AAAAUACAUAAUUUUGUAAGUGCUUCUGAUUUAAUAAAUCUUGAAUGAAAAGCAUUUAAAAAUGCCUCCAAAAAGAAAAGGCGGGACAUCUAAAGCUCCAGCUUCCAAAAAAGCCAAGACAGCCGAGGAGGCAACAAAAUUAAACAAUAAUCAACCGGUUUUAUACAUCGAAUGCUGUCGAUCCUGAUCGGUGUUUAAAAGGCGGGCAGAAGCAUUGCACCGCGAUAUAACUAGUUUAUUGAUGCCACUCAAAUCUGAUUUAGAAUUACAGCUGGCCAUAAACGCUGAUGGACCGCCGCGUCGUGGCUCAUUUGAAGUUUCAAUAGCUAAUGUACCAUCCAGUGAUGUUGAGGAACGUUCUUUAAUAUGGACUGGCUUGAAGAAUACACCAAGAGCAGCAAAAUUUCCGUCACCAGCAAAUAUUGUCCAAGAUCUUAAGGAAUUUUUGAAAUUAGAGGAAGCCGAUGAAUUGAAAGAUGAGUCUCUUGCGUCUUUAAACAGUAAAGACGUUGCUGAGAAUGAGGAAAAACCUGUUGAGGCUACUUCCACCAAAAAGGCCAAACGCGGUAGACCUAAGAAGUAACUUUGUCUAAUAAGUAUUUUCGUUUGUUAAUCUUUACAUUUUAUAACUUUUAUGACUUUAGUAGUGGUAAAACCUGUAAAUGGGAGCUCUACUAAACGAAGCUUUUUUUAGUUGAAUGUUGAGAGAAAUGGACAUACAAAACUUAUAGGACAUGUUUAUUAAUUAAAAUAUGUUUAUAUACUGUUUAUUAAAACAAAA